CUCCUCCCGAGUUGCGGCCGCGGUCGCCGCGGCUCCUCCUCUCCCAGUCUUGGGUUUCCCUGGCGCUGCCGCCGCCGCCGCCGCCGCUACCUCUGCGGACUGUAUGAGGAGGAGGCGGCGGAGGAUGUGAAGAUGGCGGAGCUGCAGAUGCUGCUGGAAGAGGAGAUCCCGGGGGGCCGCCGGGCCCUUUUCGACAGUUACACCAACCUGGAGCGGGUGGCCGACUACUGCGAGAACAACUACAUCCAGUCAGCAGAUAAGCAGCGUGCCCUAGAAGAAACCAAAGCCUACACCACCCAGUCCUUAGCAAGUGUUGCCUAUCUGAUAAACACCUUGGCCAACAAUGUCCUGCAGAUGCUGGAUAUCCAGGCCUCUCAGCUGCGGAGGAUGGAAUCUUCAAUCAAUCAUAUUUCACAAACAGUUGAUAUUCAUAAAGAGAAAGUUGCAAGAAGAGAAAUUGGAAUUUUAACUACCAAUAAAAACACUUCAAGGACACAUAAGAUUAUUGCUCCAGCCAACCUUGAACGGCCAGUUCGUUAUAUUAGAAAACCUAUUGACUAUACAAUUCUAGAUGACAUUGGACAUGGAGUAAAGGUGAGUACCCAGAAUAUGAAGAUGGGUGGGCUGCCGCGUACGACACCUCCAACUCAGAAACCUCCCAGUCCCCCCAUGUCAGGGAAGGGGACUCUUGGGCGGCACUCCCCCUAUCGCACACUGGAGCCAGUGCGUCCUCCAGUGGUACCAAAUGAUUACGUACCUAGCCCAACCCGUAAUAUGGCUCCCUCGCAGCAGAGCCCUGUGAGGACAGCUUCUGUGAAUCAAAGAAAUCGAACUUACAGCAGCAGUGGGAGUAGUGGAGGAAGCCAUCCCAGUAGUCGGAGCAGCAGUCGGGAAAACAGUGGAAGUGGGAGUGUGGGGGUGCCUAUUGCUGUUCCUACUCCAUCUCCUCCCAGUGUCUUUCCAGGUCAUCCUGUUCAGUUCUACAGCAUGAAUAGGCCUGCCUCUCGCCAUACUCCCCCAACCAUAGGGGGCUCCUUGCCCUACAGACGCCCUCCUUCUAUAACUUCACAAACAAGCCUUCAGAAUCAGAUCAAUGGAGGACCAUUUUAUAACCAGAAUCCAGUAUCUCUUGCUCCUCCUCCUCCCUCCAUCCUACAGGUAACUCCUCAGUUACCUUUAAUGGGAUUUGUGGCCAGAGUCCAAGAAAAUAUUUCAGAUACACCGCCUCCGCCACCACCUGUGGAAGAACCUGUCUUCGAUGAGUGCCCGCCUCCCCCGCCUCCCCCGGAAGAUUAUGAAGAGGAGGAAGCAGCUGUGGUGGAGUACAGCGACCCCUACGCCGAGGAGGACCCGCCCUGGGCUCCCAGGGCGUACUUGGAGAAGGUUGUGGCAAUUUAUGAUUACACAAAAGACAAGGAGGAUGAGCUGUCCUUCCAGGAAGGAGCCAUCAUCUACGUCAUCAAGAAGAAUGACGACGGCUGGUACGAGGGCGUGAUGAACGGAGUGACGGGGCUCUUCCCGGGCAACUACGUGGAGUCCAUCAUGCAUUAUUCCGAGUGACGCGGCGGGGCUGUGCGGCCCUCGCAGGAACAGUCAGGUCUCCCCGGAGUACUCACGGCCCGGGGCGCCCCUUCCAGUGAAACAGAACGAAGGAUACAAACGAUAAAACGACUUUUUUUUUUUUUUUUAAUCCCCGAGUAUUGAAAACAAAAAAGAAAGCCAACGCUGAGCAGACGGGUCUUUUUGCAGUGAUUCAUGCCACGCUGAGCUAUCGAGUGAUGCACUGUGACUGGUUCCGAGGUGGCAAAGCGGGAACCGCCUAACCGUGUAGCUGAACACAUCAGAUUGACUGAUUCGGGACACUGGGAUCGUUCUCAGGAAUACUGGACACCCUCGGAUUCCUCCUCCCACAAAACCCGUGGCAUUGGGUGUUCUCUGCCUGUGCUAAGGGGUUAGCUUCAUGCCCAGUGGGUACUGGUGCCCGCACUUCCUUCCGCUUGGAAGAGGAGGAGGAAAUCGAUACUUAACUCCACGGUAACCACGGUUCCGUUGUCUCAGCAGCCUUGUUCCUCCUGGACACUGAAUUCCGCCUCCUCAGCACCUGGGUGUGCCCAGCGAGCUGACCCUGAACGCACUUGUAUCCCUCCUUCCCCAGUGUGUAGGUGACAGGAUGCUGCUCUGGGAGUCUGCAGACAUGGCGGGCUGGGUAGACUGCACGCUGUGAUGCACCACGCUGCCGGGGAGCAGCCGGGAAGCAGUUGGGGUGGGGGGUGGUUCCUGGGGAGGCGGCGGGAGGGUCCGAGAGCAUCCCGAACCUUGCCAGAGGUGCAGUGUGGGGCCCUCCUUUUCCCUACAUAGAAAGACCCUGUUCCCAGCCUCCUCCUGGCCACCCUGGGGCGCUGGGAGAGGGAGCCUCACUGUGAUGGGACCCUGAGGGGCUUCUCAGCCCCAACCCAUCUCACACUCAGAACAUCCUAGCUGGAGAACAGCAACAGGCCACAGUACUGACCCCCUCACUAAUUUAGAAGCAGUAACAGAAGAAUUUUACUUCCAUUUGUUCAGCUGUUAGGGUUCUACACGGAGUGGAGUUUGCAGGCCAGUGGCUUCCUUCGUCACGCCUGCUGUCCCCUAAGUACUGGGAACCCCCGGCAAGGCACACAGUGCAGGCAGGAACUUGAGUGCAAAAUGAGCAGGCGGAAGUUAAUGUUCCUAUUGCACAUCUGUGCUCAGAGCAGAGCCCUGCAUUGCUGAGCAACAGACUCAGCUGUAGAGAUUCCUACUCAAGACUUUGUAAAGUUGUAAUUAAGAAGAAGAAGAAAGGUAACUGGGCUUAACUGUUUUGCUUCCUGAUUUCCCCAGACUGGUCUUAGCUUUACUAACUUGCCUCCAGUCCACAUUCCACUUCGUGCUUUCUUGAGUCAUCUUGAUGUCCCUUAGUGUUCCUUCACAGUCAGUGCCGCUGAGCCUUCAACCCCAUCGGACACCCAAACCAGACUGUUUGGAUCGGGUAAACCCUGCUUAGUGCUGGUGUGCAACUGGACAAACAGCUUUGAAAUUACGUGUUCCAACUAUAUUUUUGAGUAGUUUCUUUGCUGAGAGUAUUUUGUGGUUUAAGGUGUUUUGAAAUCCAACAAAUAGCUCCCGGCUCCCCACCAGAGGAGACCCCUGUGCAGUGCGCCUGCUGGACCCUUGCUGGAUGGGAGUAUGCCAGAUACUUGGUGAAGGCCUCUUUAUAUUUAACAUCUGCGGUGGCAGGAGUCCAUGACUUAGCCAAUAUUUUCUAUAUUAUUUGGUACUGUUGUGUGUGUGUGACUUUUGUUUAACAAAUGAUAUUUGUUGGAUUUUCUGCCCACUUCUUUUGUACAGUUUUGAAUUCUAUAGAUUGUCUCAGAAGGAUAUAAUGUAAUGAUGGGCCAGGCCUGCAUUGGAGACUUUUAAUGUAUGUAAUAUUUCAUAGAUUGCAUGCUAUUAAUAGUCUGUGAGGGUAAUAUUUCCUGUUGUGUUUCCCCCUUUAUCUUCCUGUAAACUAAAAGAUGGUUGGUAUUAGGAAUUCCAAAUGAAUGCAGAGAAAUCUUACAUGCUUUUAAUAUUACAGCGAGGAUGAUCCAAGUCGCAGAUCUGCUGAACAGCAAGCAACCAUUUUGUAAGGAUAGAAUCUGGUGGGAAAAGAUUCUUCCCUCUGAAGUUCAUUUAGACUGUGGUCAUCUCAUUACAAUUUUUUUAAAAAGUCACUGCAUAAUGGGUUUUUUUUUUUUUUGGUGUUAAUAUUCCAGAGUUGGUGGAGAUAUGAAUGAAAAUACACUGUUUUUGUUUUUGAACUAUGGCCAAGACAAUAAAUUGGAAACAAAGUACCAGCGCAUCAAAAUCUAGACCUGAGACAUCCAGACUAAUGUGUUCGGAAUAAAUACUAAUCUGCCAAGACGUCUCGUUCCGUAUUUUCUGUCUCGGCCUUUUUCCUUUCUCCCUCAGUAGCAUGUGCUGUUCUCACCUUAGGGCUGGGGAGAACUUGCUAACUCCGCUGUGUUGCUGAGAGUCACUGGGGAUGAGCGUCCUCAUCCUCCUCCUCCGACUGUUUGGUCCCAGCGAGAGCAGCCGCUGUGUACGUCUUCCCAGCGCUGUCUGUAUCGUGGCUGUGCCACAUAGCUGUGCUUUGUGUGGAGUAAAUUGAUUUUUCUGUUUGGGAGGCAUCAAAAUACAGUUUGCUGUUAUCUUCGUUUUUAUUUUAUUUUAGUAGCUGCCAUUUCUGCACCUCUAGGAGCUACCUCCCCCUCGGUUACCUUUUCUCCUCCAUGGGCAUUGCUGUGUCCUGAGGGCCACCUUUACCUUUGCAGAGGGUUUGCUGCAGGAAUGGGCAGGUGACUGCCGGUCUUUGAAAAGGAUGGGGCCUGUUCACGUCUGAACUUCUUUCGCCAGGAACUCCCCACCCUGAGUUACUUUGAAUCAAAGGAUUUUAAAGCUAGAUUUUAGCAUCUCUGGUUCCGUCUCUUGACUGGUAAGGUUAGAUGUUUUGUUUCAGAUGAACAGCUGAUAACAGAACUCCUGACUCAACGCCCAGUGGUCCUCUCUGCACAACUGUCUUAAUUAAAUGUGCUGUAUUUUUCUUUAAGAUUAUACUUGAUGGAUGUCUUUAGGAAUAUACUUGAACCACCAUGUUUCAAUAAAUGCCCUCUGAGUAUUCAGACUCUCUAAAACUGUACUAAGUGCAACCUUAGUGAAAACAAUCAUUUACCCCUUCUAAAACUGUCAUUAAAUACAUUUUCCCAUAAGGUCUGUGGAGCAAAAAUACAGUGUUAGUUCAGCAGUGGCAGGAGCACAGCAGCCAGCCUUAUUUGAGAGCCUUAGUAAAGUUUUUAAGUGGAGGCAUUGAGCUCAUCAACCUUUAAGUUUACUUUAUGCUGAUCUUUGUUCUUAUUU